CAUGGCGACUCCCAUGCAUAGAAUUAUAGCUCGAAGACAGGCGGAGGCAAACAAACAACAUGUGCGGUGCCAAAAGUGUUUGGAAUUCGGACACUGGACCUACGAAUGCACAGGAAAGCGGAAAUAUCUUCACAGACCGACGAGAACAACCGAGAUGAAGAAGAAACUUAAAGAAGAUGAGAAUAAGCAGAACAACAGUGUCCCUGGACCAGAAAGAGAAGGCCCCAUUGAAAAGAAAACCAAAAAGAAGUCUAAAGACUCCAGUGACAGUAGCAGUGAUUCAGACAGCUCUUCUGAUGACUCAUCAUCUGACAGCAGCGAUUCUUCUAGCUCCUCUUCGAAUGAUAGCGACAGCAGCAGCGACAGUGAUGACAGCUCUUCCUCCUCUUCGGUCUCCUCAUCAUCAUCAUCAUCAUCAUCAGACAGCUCCGACUCUGACUCAGGAAGUAGCAGUGAAUCAGAUCAUGGGCCACCGAAAAAGAAGAAAAAGAAGAAAUAGAAAAGGAGAAGUAACUGGCUCUCUUCACAUUGUUGUGUUUUCUUUUUCUUCUAUCCCUCUAUCAGUUCAAUUUCAGUCCUACACGUUGCAAUGGCAAAACUUAUUUUGUGUUCCUUUUUUCUCUCCCCUAUACCAAUAUACUUAAAUCCAUCACAGUGAUGAGGACCAGAAUGGAUGUGACAGGUCUGAGGUUGUAAACACAGUGGUGCCUACUACUUUGGCAGAGACAAUGAGCCAGGACUGAUUUCAGUGAGUUUAGAGUUGAAAACAAUGACCACAUUUUUAUGUACCGUUUCUAAACAUUUCUUUCCUCCUACAUGCAUAUUAAUGAGGUACUUCCACAAGUUCAGCAUUCAAAUGAGGAUAUGGAUUUAAAAUAGUAUCUGCAAAAUUAGUUUUUUCAUGUAGUCUUUUGAAUUUGUAUUUGUAGUUAAACUUACACUGUACAGUUCAGUAUGAAAUGAAAGACGAUAUAUCUUGAGUUUAACAUCAAAGGGAAACCUUUAAUGACAUUUGAAUAAAGAAAAAUAAAUAGUUCUGUGAUUUGAAUGUAUUUCAAGUCCGAGCUGUUGCUGCUGCUUGUAUUACUGCAAAAAUUAGGCACUUGGGUCCUGUGUUGUUUGCAAAGCCUUUGGAUAUUUGCUCUGUGUUUUGCACUGAAAGGAAAAAAAUGUUACGUUACAUUUCACUCACUGCAAAAACACUGGAUACUUGAAUUUUAUAAUCCCGAGGAAAUCUUUUCUUUUUAAAGGCUUUAAUCACAUUUUUGUGGUAAUUCUCGAGGGCUCUUUCACUGCCAAACGUGGGUAUGUCCAACCACAAAAUGUCCCUAAAGCAGGAGCAGUUAGUUCAUUUAAAUGAGAAUUCUUAUCGGCUGUGGUUGGGAUUGGUUCAAAUGUGUGAGGGCAUACGCAAAACAAGCAGAAGGCCAAGCCAUAAAUUCCAAAUAUUAAUUAAAAUGGCUGACGAAAUGACAAGUCACGUCAAAAGAUUUGUAUAGCCCAAAAAUCACAGUUUAGUCCCAGCGAGCUUUACAAUCACAUUAAAUUCAGAUUACGUUCUCCAAAAAAGGUAAACAAAAUAACUGUCACUCUUCCUGAACAUUAAACAAGGCACUGGCAGAAUAACAAAUUAUUGUGGUUCACAUGGUAACUUUCAAACUUGGCAGUGCAAGGACUUCUGAGCCUUGUGAUCUGAUAGUUUACAAUCAAGUGGAGACUUCAUUGCCAGCACUCCUCUUUGUUCAACUUGUUGAAGUAUUUCAAUGAAAUAAAAUGA